GCACGCGGGGAAGGCAGCUGUUAGGCGCGAGGCCGCGGGCAGCUGGCGCUGAGCGAGCGAGCAGGCAGGGCAGGAAGCGGAGCCAUGCGGGCCAAGCUGCAGCUGCUGUGCGCUGUGGCGGCGCUGCUGUGCGCCGCGGCACCGGGUCCGCACCGUGCUCGGGGCGCGGCGCCCGCCGUGCCCCCUGCGGGCGAGGGCGAUGGGUACGGGAUGAAGCUGUGCGGAAGGGAGUUCAUCCGCGCCGUCAUCUUCACCUGCGGCGGGUCCCGCUGGAAGCGCCUCUCCGCGCUGGCCAUGGAGCCGACGGCCGCGGCCGAUUCUGUGAGAACAGCAAGUAACAAACUACUGGGAAACUUGAAGCUGCAGUCAGUUUCGGGUCCUGAAGUGGAGCAGCCACGGAGAAGCGGCCAAUCUUUUGGAUGGGAGAUGAUUAAUGACUUGUAUAAUUUGAAUGACAAUAAUGAGUAUGUACCUGGGGCAGAUGACUUUAAAGAACUUGUUCGAAAGGUAGAGGAGGCUGUUAAGAAGGAGAGGGGGGGAACAGGAAUUGCAAACCCCAUGGGGUCAAACAAUUACCUUUGGGCCAAGUAUCCCAGAAGAAAACGUGACUCUCUGGGGUUGGCAGGAAUUUGUUGCAAAUGGGGCUGUACAAAAGCUGAAAUAAGUGCCAUAUGCAGAGUUUAAAAUCCUCUCCGCGUUUACGCAUGAAAUCAAUGUUUGUUGCAGUGCUACUUUAUUGAAUAAUAUACGGAGGAAGAAAGCUCUUGCUGUAUUUUAUUUGUGUUUGUGUC